AUGCGGGUGGAGCGGUGCUACUUCUGCGCGGGGCCUCUCUACCCCGGCCACGGCGUCGCCUUCGUCCGCAACGACUGCAAGGUGUUCCGGUUCUGCCGCUCCAAAUGCCACAAGGGCUUCAAGAAGAAGAGGAACCCCCGGAAGGUGCGCUGGACCAAGGCCUUCCGCAAGGCCGCCGGCAAGGAGCUGGCCGUGGACAACUCCUUCGAGUUUGAGAAGCGGAGGAACGAGCCCGUGAAGUACCAGCGAGAGCUGUGGCAGAAGACAGUGGAUGCGAUGAGGCGAGUGGAGGAGAUCAAGCAGAAGCGCCAAGCCAAGUUCAUCAUGAACAGGCUAAAAAAGGGCAAAGAAUUGCAGAAGGCUCAAGACAUCAAGGAAGUCAAGCAGAACAUCCACCUCAUUCGGGCUCCACAUGCAGGCAAAGCCAAGCAGCUGGAAGAGAAGAUGGUCCAGAAACUGGAGGAAGCCGUGGCCAUGGAGGAUUCUGCCUAGAGAGGCUGUUUCUCUGGGUUGGGGCUUGGCUGAGGGCCCAUCUUUGCAGGCAGCUGCCCCUUUGAUGAUCGGGAGGGGGGGAGGCGCUGCUUCUCCUUGGGCUCUGGGGUCAGUCAGGGCAGGUGCUCUUAUUUGUAUAGUGAAAUGGUAAGCAAGUAAAACAGCUGCCGCAGCCA